UCUUUCUUUCUUUCCUUCAUACCCUUUUUUGGUUCUUAAAGGAACAAAUUCUUCUCAUCCAUCAUGGCAACGGAAACCUCGAAAGGUGCAGCUGAAUAUUAUCGUCAAUUAUUCCAAAAACAUGCUUCAGUGGAAAAGGAUAAUAAAUAUUAUAUGAACAAGGAUGACUUUUUGGCUGCUAUUGCUCCUGGUGAAGAUUUUGAAAAGAUCAAACGUGAACAAUUUGGUCUUUUAUACAAGAUUGCUGAUACAUCCAACCAAGGUCUGAUCUCUUUCAAUGAUUUUGUUAUCUUUCAAAAUCUGUUAUCUAAACCAGAUGCUGAAUAUGAAGUCGCUUUCCGGUUAUUUGACAUCAACAAUACUGGCAAGAUUACUUUUGACCAAUUCAAACAAGUCCUUUCCAGCAAUUUGCCUAGUGAUGCUGUUCCUUUUGACUUUGAUUGUGAUUGGCUUAAACUUUAUAUUGGUAGUAAAGAUGGUCAUUAUCAAUUGACAUAUGAAGAGUUCUCUCAGCUUUUAAAAGGACUCCAAGGUGAACGAUUAAGACAAGAAUUCAAACAUUAUGAUCAAAAGCAAACUGGCUAUAUUUCUACAGAAAACUUCAAAAGGAUUAUCUUGGAUAUUGCUAAGCAUAAACUCUCUGACCUGGUGAUCGAUCAUCUUCCUACUCUAUGCAAUCUCUAUGCUACAGGCAGUGGUACUACUAUUAGCUUCUCCAAUAUGGUUGCCUUCCACAAUGUUAUUCGAAAUAUUGACCUGGUAGAAUUGGUGAUUCGACGUGCUAUUGGAUCAAAUCCGGAAAAGACGAUUACCAAACAAGAUUUCCUUAGUGAAGCUGCCAAAUCAUGUAGAUACUCUCUAUUUACUCCUAUGGAAGCUGAUAUUAUUUUCCAUUUUGCUGCUGUCGAUAGUAAAAACUCUGGUCGAUUGAGUUUAGCAGACUUUGAAAAGAUGUUGGAUCCUCGUUGGCGACCUAUUACUGAACAAGAACAAGAACGAUUAUUGGAUUUGAUAUCAUCGGAUAAGAAAGGAAAAGUGGAUGUGGCAAAGGGCAAGCAUGGUGUGAUGUGGGAAAUCAUUGGUAACGUCUAUUCAUUUGUAUUGGGUUCUAUUGCUGGUGCUGUUGGUGCUACUGCUGUUUAUCCUAUUGAUUUGGUCAAGACAAGAAUGCAAAAUCAGCGUUCCAAAGUUGUAGGUGAAUUACUUUACAAGAAUAGUUUGGAUUGUUUCAAAAAGGUGGUUAAAAAUGAAGGAUUUUUGGGUUUAUAUCGUGGUUUGGGUCCUCAACUUGUGGGUGUUGCUCCAGAAAAAGCCAUCAAAUUGACAGUGAAUGAUUUUGUACGAAAUAAAUUGGCUAACAAGAAAACAGGAGAAAUCAAAUUUUGGCAAGAAAUGAUUGCUGGUGGAGCUGCUGGUGCUUCUCAAGUAGUAUUUACUAAUCCAUUGGAAAUUGUCAAGAUUCGACUUCAAGUACAAGGCGAACAAGCUAAAACUCAUCCUGAUAUGCCUCGUCGCUCAGCCAUUUGGAUUGUCAAAAACCUCGGUAUUGUUGGAUUGUAUAAAGGUGUCAGUGCAUGUUUAUUACGUGAUGUACCCUUUUCUGCCAUCUAUUUCCCAGCUUAUGCACAUUUGAAGAAGGAUCUUUUCCAUGAAGGCCCUGAUCACAAAUUGACCAUUACUGAAUUAUUGACUGCUGGUGCAAUUGCUGGUAUGCCUGCUGCCUAUUUUACUACUCCUGCUGAUGUGAUCAAGACUCGUUUACAAGUAGAAGCUAAGAAAGGACAGACUUCGUAUACAGGAAUCAAGGAUGCUGCAAAGAAGAUUUAUGUUGAAGAAGGAUUCAAGGCUUUCUUUAAAGGUGGUCCUGCACGUAUUUUCAGAUCAUCCCCUCAAUUUGGUGUUACUUUAACAGUAUAUGAAUUAUUACAUCAAGCCUUCCCUCUUCCUGGUCAUACCACUGCUGCCACUCCUGGUGCUACUUCGGCUACUUCUAGUGUUGUAUCAUCAAGUGAACAACAACGAUUUGGUGCUUUACAAUCAAGAAACGCUUUGAAACUUCUUUUAGAUCUUGAUUACAGAUUUGGUGUUUAUAAUCCCCCCUCUUCCAAAUAGACACUUAUAUAUAUAUAUAUAUAUAU